AUAUUGAUUUAUGAUUAAUAUUUUGUAAUUAUUGAUUUGGAGUAUAAUUAUAAUGCCAGUUAAUAAAAGUUUAAAUUUAUUAAUUAUAAUAUUGCAUGAUUCAAAUUUUAAUCAUUGUAUAUUUAUUUAAUCAAAAUAAUUGAUUUAUUCCGAUUUAACCCCCAAACUAAACAAAAUAAUCCUUGUAUAUUUAUUCAAAUUUUAUUCACACGACAAGCAAAAGUAGUUGUAGAGAUGGAAGGAGACAAAAAGAUAUGCCAAAAGAAAAAGAAUCUUCACACUUUUAUAUUUUUAUCAAAAUUUUUGUUUGAAUAUUUAGUUGUGAUAAUUUUUUUAUGAUAUUUAUGUAUUAGUGUGUUUGAUUUUAUAUUAUAUUAAUAUAAAUGUAUAAUAUAUUAAUAUAUAAUUAAUAUUAAAAAAAUAAAAUUAUGCGUCUAAAUAAUAUUUUUAUUUUUAUUUAACUGCAAAAUAAAAAUUGGUCUUUUUUAACUACAACUCGUCUCGUCUGUCUUGCACUUGACUGGACUGGAGAGACUGGGAACAGUUGGAGAUGAACAGAUCCAAGGCAUUACAGAGAGCAGCAGCAGAUGAACAUAAUGAUUUCACGGUUGCUUCAAAGUGGCGUUCGAUUGAUUCGAGUUCUCGUCUUCUCCCACCUAUCUGUUCUGUAAACCCUAAACCCUAACUCUUAUCGUACGCUAUUCAGUCUUUUUUGUCUUCUUCAUUCUCUGUUUUCUUCACCCAAAGACAACAUGUCAAACCUUGGCGGCGGCGGUGAGAUUCAAGCCGAUCCGGCCGACCACACUAGGGGAACUCACUCCGACCAGAGAUCGGUCUUGAACUCGCCUCAGCAUGUAGAUUAUCAGAAAGACAGUAAGUGGAAGAUUGGAAACCUCUUUCACAAAUCCAGGCCGAAAACCGCCAAAUCCAAACCAACGGGCGACAGAUCCACCGCAAAUAACCAUGAAGAAGCCGACCAAAAUGGCAGCAGCACCAGGCAUCGUGGCGAGGUUCUGGCGCUUUCGAACUUGAUAAACGCAGAUCUGAUGUCCGUGAAGAAUACCCGACAGCAGGUUAGUACUUACGAAGUUUCAAUUAAUAAACUUUGUGAGAAGUUCGAAGGGCUCAAUGAGCGCGGAAGUGUGGAGGAGUUCCGGGAGCUGAAGAAGGCUGUGAGGAAGUUGAAGCAACAGAUAUCGUCCGGGCACAAGGACGAGGACCCAGAUUCCGAAACGAAUCAGUCUCUGAAAUCGAAUAUCACUGCCGACGUCGAUCGAGCUAAGGCCGACAAGGUGGCUCACCAAAUGCCUGACUUGAACAAGAACCCUAAUUUUGAGAGAAGCUCGGAGUUCAAAGACUUUCAGGCGCGUUAUCUCGAGCUCAAGGAGGAAUUGAGGCUCUGUCUGUUGUGCUUUGCGGUGUUCCCGGAAAAUGAAAAGAUAAAGAAGAAGACCAUGGUGUAUUGGUGGAUCGGGGAAGGUUUUGUACCUCCAGUUGAAAGAGAAAUCACAGAGAAGGAUAAGACCGCCGAGCAAUUUGGAAGUAAAUACUUUGACGAGCUUGUAGCGAAGGGCUUCGUUGAGCCUAUCUACCGAAAGCGUAGUGGUAAGGUGGAAACCUGCAAGAUGCACCCUCUCGUUCGGUCAAUGGUAAUCAGGCUUGCGAAGAGGGCUAACUUCUUCGAUUUUGAUGACGACUUUAAUGCGAAAGAGGACUGCACUCUGUCUCUCAGGGCUUGCUUAACAAGUAAAGGGCUAACAAAGGAUCAGGAAACAAAAAUGUUUGAGGAUUUGGAAAAGCUUCACACUAUGUUCAAUGUUAAUCAGACUAUUCUUGACUUUGAUCCCGAGUGGCUAGCAAAGAUGAAAAAUAUCAAUGUUCUAUACCUGGGAAGGUGGCAGACAGAGGCCACGCAUCACAUUGAAGUUGAGGACACAAAAACCUUGAAGAAAAAGGACGCACAUGUUUUGGAUGGGUUGGAAAAUAUGAAACAUCUGCGGUUUUUGAGCCUUCAAGGGGUCUCCAGAAUUACAGAUCUUCCCAAGGCCAUUUCGGAGCUCACAAAUCUUACAAUCUUGGACCUUAGAGCUUGUCACAACCUUGAGGUAAUCCCUGAUGAAAUUGGCUGCCUCAAGAAGUUGACACACUUGGAUAUGUCUGAGUGUUACCUGCUCGAUCGGAUGCCCAAAGAACUUUCAUCACUCACUGAACUCAGAGUCCUCAGUGGAUUUGUGCUUGGGGAUUCGAAGAGCAGGAACUCAUGUACUCUUGACGAGUUGAAGUCGUUGUCAAAUCUCAGAAAGUUGAGCAUUCACACUGGAACAGAUCAAUUUCCUUCCGAAGGUGAUUUGCGUGCUUUUAAUCAGUUUAGAGCGCUUACCAAGCUGACAAUUGUAUGGGGAAGGGGCUCUGUUCAAGCCAAAAGUGACGAUCCCCGUAGUCAAGCCCCUGCCAGAGAAAAUAAAGAUGACAAAAACAAAGACGUCAGUGAGGCAGAACAACCAGCAACAAAGUCCAAGAGAUCAGACCUUCAAACCGUUCAGGCAGAAUCAUCUCCAUCUAACCAAGGAGCUGGAACCCCGAGCAGAGAAAAUAGCGAAGACAAAGAAGAUAGUGGCAUGGCAGAAGAAGUAGCAACAGCUGCCCAUCACUCGGAUCUUCAAAAAACUGUGCCAAGGUCACGUGGGUCUAAGCAAGUAAAAUGGGCACAAAACAGUAAAAAUGAAAGAGAUGGCAAAAGGAAAGCCGAUAGUACAACAGAACCAGCUAGUGGGAGAAGUUCGACAAUGGCUACGAUUCCUGCCAAAGAAAAUAAAGAAAAUGACAAAAAGAAAGGCAUCACGGAGGCAGAACAACCAACAGCAGCGGCCAAUAGAUCAGGCCUUCAAGGAGUUCAGGCAGAACCAUCUGCAUCUAACCAAGGAGUUGGGACCCCGAGCAGUGAAAUUAGAGAAGAUGGAAAAGCCAAUAGUCCAGCAGUACGAACUACAAGAAGAAGCAGAUUUAAACGUGCUUCAAACUCCCUGGCGAGAACUUUUAGCUCUCCUAGAGCCGCACAGCCAGAAGGUCAACCGCUACUUCCCUCAGGACUGAUUAAAUUGGACCUUCAGUGUUUCCCUCUGAUGAUUGCACCUGAUUGGUUGAGGCCUGGCAAGCUGAAGAACUUAGAGAAACUCUUCAUUAGAGGAGGUAAAUUCGGUGAUCUGGGUCAAUUUCAGGAAUUUGAUGGCGAGCACGUACUCAAUCCUGAAGAUCGCAAGUGGAAGGUUGAGGAAUUGCGUCUCAAGUACUUGACUGAACUAGAGAUGGACUGGAGGGAAUUGCAGGAAUUGUUUCCAAACUUGGAGUACCUCGAAAAGGUAGAUUGCCCGCAACUCUCUCUCUGCCCUUGUGAUGAUUCUGGAGUGUGGAUGAAAAAAAAAAGAUUGACAACAUAAACAGCAGCACGUGAUUGUUUCUAGUUGGUAUUCAGUUUCACUUAAAACAUCUUUGAAGUGUGAACGGAAUUCCAAGCCGGUGACUUAUUCUUGUUUGUUAGGCUUGUCUGGUCUGCCUGUAUUUGAUAUGUUUGUGUCUGUGUUGCAUCAAAGGCAUUAGAAAGUCUUCUUGAGUCUUGACUGGGGUGUGUUUGAAGGACUGAUCAAAUAAAACCCAUACGAUGAACUUUGGAAGAUGCUUUUUUCCUUGCGUGUUGACAAGGAUUGAAUGGAACCAUUAUUGAUUAAA